UGUGAUCUGACAAAUUGGACAUUUUAAUUACAGAGUUUCUUUUAUUUUUUCCUCCCGCUUGCAGUAGAAAUAGAUAUUAUUUCCAAAAUGUGUUGCAGUAUUGCAAAAUAGGCAUUGCAUUUCCCAACCUUUCGAUUUGCUGUUUUGAAAAAUAAUCUUGCUGGAUUACUUUGCUGGAAAAAGAUUUAUCAUGCAAGUCAAGAAGAUAAACAUCCCUGAUUGUGGAUAAGUGAUGGUGUUAGUGUGGCAGCCCACUACACUUCACUCCCCUGGUACUUUUUCUUUCUCUGGAUGGUGGGCUGGACUCUGCUCUUGUACAGGCGGCUGACAUCACGGAAAAGCUCAGUCUCUGAUCACUUGUGCCUAAUAUAAACCAGAAAUGCUGAGAAAGUCUUGGAGACAGACAGAGAGCAAGAAAGGACUUAAUCCAUCCUUCUCCCCGUGUGCCUGAAAUCUGUGUGCAGAAAGAGAAUUCCACAUAAGACAGAGCAAACCUCACUGGGAAGCCACAAUGACUCUCAAUGUGACCAUGCGGCGCAGUAGCAGCACAGUGGUGCAGAGCCAGCAGCGAUGGAGUAUCGCCGCCGAUGGGAAGAAUAUUCACGUGCAGAAGAAUCCCAAUGUGAACCUUAAUCGCAACCACACCAUCCAUCACUCAGUGAGGCCAGAGGACUACUACAGGUGCAGCUGGUCCUCAGAUUCUUCAGAUUCCGUCAUCUCCUCAGAAUCUGGGAAUACCUACUAUCGCGUUGUUCUUAUUGGCGAGCAUGGUGUUGGAAAGUCUACACUGGCCAGUAUAUUUGCAGGAGUGCCUGAUUCUCUGGACAGUGAAAUGCUAGGUGAGAACACAUAUGAGAGGACCCUGAUGGUGGAUGGAGAGAGCGCCACACUUAUACUUAUUGACAUGUGGGAAAAUAAGAGUCAAGAUAACUGGAUGUACGAUCAUUGUAUGCAAGUGGGAGAUGCUUAUUUAAUAGUAUAUUCCAUCACAGACAGAGCAAGCUUUGAGAAGGCCUCUGAGUUACGUAUACAGCUACGUCGGGCACGACAGACAGAGGACAUUCCGAUUAUACUGGUUGGAAACAAAAGUGACUUGGUUCGAUGCAGAGAAGUUUCUAUAUCAGAGGGAAGAGCUUGUGCCGUAGUAUUCGACUGCAAAUUCAUUGAGACUUCUGCAGCUGUUCAGCACAAUGUGAAGGAACUGUUUGAGGGCAUUGUCAGGCAAGUGCGUCUGAGGAGGGACAGCAAAGAGAAAAACGAGAAGAGGCUGGCCUUACUGAAGAGGCGGGAGAGCAUCCCAAAGAAAGCCAGAAGGUUCUGGGGAAAAAUUGUGGCCAAGAAAAACAAAAACAUGGCUUUUAAACUUAAGUCCAAGUCUUGCCAUGAUCUCUCUGUACUAUGAAUUCACUGGACUGGCCAAUAUUUACAAAAUAUGUUCUCUUGAUAGACGUCAUUUGGCUAUUUUGGGGACAGUAAGCAAUCUAUAUUAGAUUGGAUAAUGACACAAAUUACUUGUGUUUUCCACAGCCAUAAUGAAAAUGUUUCAGUUUAUUAGGUAAA